GCAGCGAGCUGCCUGGCAGCGGUGUUCCUCUGAUGUGAUUGGGCGGAGGGCGGUGAUUCCUUUCUGUCACGAUUCUGGUGUGGCUCCCAGCGGAGGACACGGACCGUCCUAGUCCAGAGCUCCUGCGAGGACACACCGCGCGCAUGAGGGCGUAGGGACUGUACUGCCAACCCGGGAUUUGCCCUCGUGUGAAGGAGAGGAGGUUGGAGGAGAGGAGGGGUCUUUUCAUCUAAAGGGGCUGCGGUAAAAAGUCGCCAAGAUGCCGGUGUUUCAUACCAAGACAAUUGAGAGUAUCCUGGAGCCGGUGGCCCAGCAGAUCUCCCACCUGGUCAUUAUGCACGAGGAAGGGGAGGUGGAUGGGAAAGCCAUCCCGGAUCUGACUGUGCCAGUGGCUGCGGUGCAGGCGGCAGUCAGCAACCUUGUGCGGGUCGGGAAGGAGACUGUCCAGACCACUGAAGACCAGGUGAUGAAGAGAGACAUGCCUCCUGCAUUCAUCAAGGUUGAGAACUCCUCCUCUAAGCUGGUCCAAGCUGCUCAGAUGCUGAAGGCAGACCCAUACUCUGUCCCAGCUCGAGAUUACCUGAUCGACGGCUCCAGGGGGAUACUCUCCGGGACCUCCGACCUGCUGCUCACUUUUGACGAGGCAGAGGUGAGAAAGAUAAUCCGUGUGUGUAAAGGAAUCAUGGAGUACCUGACCGUGGCAGAGGUUGUGGAGACCAUGGAAGACCUCAUCACAUACACCAAAAACCUAGGACCAGGGAUGACUAAAAUGUCGAAAAUGAUCGAUGAAAGACAACAGGAGCUGACCCACCAGGAGCACAGGCAAAUGUUGAUGAGCUCUAUGAACACAGUGAAAGAGCUGCUGCCUGUCCUCAUUUCAGCUAUCAAGAUCUUUGUCGCAACUAAAACAAGUCGAGGAGCUGGUGUGGAGGAGGCUGAGCGCAACAGAAAGUUUACAUUUGAAAAGAUGAGCACUGAAAUUACAGAGAUUAUCAGAGUGCUACAGCUCACGACAUGGGACGAAGAUGCCUGGGCCAACAAGGAUAUGGAAGCUCUGAAGAGAUCUCUGGCUGUAAUUGAGUCAAAGAUGGCUCAAGCUAAAGCUUGGCUCAAAGACCCUCAUGGACAGCCUGGAGACCCUGGCGAGGUGGCUCUCCGCGUCAUACUGGACGAGGCUGGUAAAGUGGGGGAGCUCUGUGCUGGAAAAGAGAGGAAAGACAUUUUAGCCACUGCUAAAGCUCUAGGGCAGAUGAGUGACCAAAUCACAGAUCUGCGGGCCAGAGGCCAAGGACAGACGCCAGGCUGUGUGCAGCGGGCCGGUCAGUGCUCUCAGGGCUUAGACUUGUUAUUUGGCAAAGUGGACAAUGCUGCACGCAGACUAGAGGCUCUAAUCAACGCAAAGCAGGCCAUUGCCAGGAGACUGGAUGCUGCACAGGCUUGGCUAGCUGAUCCUCAUGGAGGUCCCGAGGGAGAAGAAAACAUCCGAGCAUUGUUAGCAGAGGCUAAACGCAUCGCUGAUCUGUGUGAAGACCCUAAAGAAAGAGAUGACAUCCUUCGCUCCAUCAGCGAGAUUGCAGGCCUCACUGCCAGACUCGUGGAUCUCAGGAAACAGGGUAAAGGUGACACCCCUGAGGCCCGAGCUUUAGCCAAGCAGAUUGGCGCAGCAUUGUUAACUCUACAGUCCAAAACCAACCGCGCUGUGACUAACAUGAGGCCGGCGAAGGCUGCUGUCACUUUGGAGGGAAAGAUGGAGCAAGCACUGCGGUGGGUGAACAACCCUGGAGUGGAUGAUAGAGGAGUAGGUCAGGCAGCCAUUAGGGGAAUGGUGGGAGAAGGCAAGAGGCUGGCAGGGGGCUUGUUGGGUCCAUAUCGACAGGACAUGGUUGGACGCUGUGACCGAACAGAGGCACUGAUGGGGUCUUUAGCCGAGAUGGCAGGUCGGGGUGAGGCUGAGGCACCACAUGCACGAGCAACAGCUGCUCAGCUCCAGGACAGUCUGAAGGACCUCAGACAGCACAUGCAGGACGUGAUGACCCAGGAGGUUUCAGAUGUUUUCAGUGAUACCACAACCCCUGUAAAACUCCUCGCUGUGGCUGCAACUGCCCCUCCCGAUGCCCCCAACAGGGAAGAGGUUUUUGAAGAGCGUGCAGGGAACUUCGAAGCCCACGCUGGUCGACUUGGGGCAACAGCAGAGAAAGCAGCUGCAGUGGGGACAGCCAAUAGGAGCACAGUGGAGGGCAUCCAUGCUGCUGUCAAACACGCCAGGGAACUCACUCCACAGGUAACGUCUGCUGCUCGUAUUUUAUUGAAAAAUCCAGGAAACAAAGCUGCAUAUGAGCACUUUGACACAAUGAAAAACCAAUGGAUUGACAAUGUAGAGCGACUGACUGGUCUCGUAGAUGAAGCUAUAGACACAAAGUCACUGUUGGAUGCAUCAGAGGAAGCCAUAAAAAAAGACAUUGACAAGUGCAGAGUCGCUAUGGCCAAUGUUCAACCUCAAAUGCUGGUUGCUGGGGCUACGAGCAUUGCGAGGCGAGCUAAUCGAGUUUUGUUGGUGGCUAAAAGAGAAGUGGAAAACUCUGAAGAUCCUCGGUUCAGAGACACGGUGAAGCAUGCCUCGGAUAUCCUCUCUCACACCAUCUCCCCUAUGGUGAUGGACGCCAAGGCUGUGGCUGGGAACAUUCAAGACAAAGCUCUGCAGAAGGCUUAUUUAGACUCCUGUUUGCGAAUCCUGGCUGCAGUGGGAAAAGUCAGAGAAGCCUUCCAGCCACAAGAGCCCGAGUUCCCCCCUCCACCUCCUGAUCUAGACCAGCUCCAUGUGGUGGAUGACCAGCAGGCCCCACCGAAACCCCCUCUGCCAGAAGGAGAAGUGCCACCACCCCGCCCCCCUCCUCCUGAAGAGAAGGAUGAAGAGUUCCCUGAGCAGAAGGCUGGAGAGGUGGUCAGCGAACCCAUGAUGGUGGCAGCCAGACAGCUGCACGAUGAGGCUCGCAAGUGGUCAAGCAAGCCUGAGGAUGAGGAGGCAGGAGAAGAGAGGGAGGUAGAUGAGGAAGAUGAUUUUACUGAUGGUGAGGAUGACUAUGAGCCAGAGCUGCUGAUGAUGCCCUCCAACCAGCCAGUCAAUCAACCCAUUCUGGCAGCUGCCCAGUCUCUACAUCAGGAGGCUCGCAAGUGGUCCAGCAAGGGUAAUGACAUUAUUGCAGCAGCCAAAAGAAUGGCUUUACUCAUGGCUGAGAUGUCUCGACUGGUGCGUGGUGGAAGUGGAAACAAACGCGCCCUCAUUCAAUGCGCUAAAGACAUUGCCAAAGCUUCAGAUGAAGUGACCCGGCUGGCUAAAGAGGUGGCCAAACAGUGCACUGACAGGCGCAUUCGGACUAACCUUCUUCAGGUGUGUGAACGAAUUCCCACCAUAAGUACUCAGUUGAAGAUCCUCUCAACUGUUAAAGCUACAAUGUUGGGAAGAACUAACAUUAGUGAGGAAGAGUCUGAACAGGCCACAGAGAUGUUGGUGCAUAAUGCCCAGAAUCUUAUGCAGUCGGUGAAGGAGACUGUUAGAGAAGCAGAAGCAGCUUCCAUUAAGAUCCGCACAGACGCUGGCUUCACCCUUCGCUGGGUUCGUAAAACACCUUGGUACCAAUAAAAUCCACGCACAAUACUCACAUUUGAGGUACUGUGGAUGUCUUAAGACUACAGCUAAUAGUUGGUCUACUGUAGAGGAAUGUGUCAUCCAGCUUUUUAAAAUUGGAAAAUAGCUUAUUUGUUCCAGUUUUAUUUAAACAUAAACAUUUAAAGCUAGACAGGUUUAAUAUAUAUUUUGCUAUGUUUUGUUUGAUGAAAUUUACCGAAAUCGCAGGUAUAUAUUUUGGCAUGAAGAUUUUUGUUUUCUAUUUUAUAAAAACAACUAUGUUAGCACACAAUUAUUCUAUUCAGUUUGUAGUCAGAGUAAUCUAUGUAUAUACAACAUUGCUUUUGUUUUAUGGAUACAGAUUUUAGCUUUACUGACACUAUUUUGAAGAGUCGUCUGGACUCUUAAAUGUUUACUUUUGUUCUUAACAUUAAGAUUAUUAUUAAUACACUCUAUGGCCCUUUCAGGUGACGACUACGUGGUACUAAGAUAAAGUAUUUACAUUUAGCUAUUUUGUACUAUUUUCUGCCACUCAAAACACUUAAUGGCCAGGAGGUUUUACUUCUGAGGUGCUGAAUGUGAGACUCUGAAGCUUAAAUCAGACUUUGUUUUUUGAGUUUUCUAAAUAUUUAUAGAACUUAAGUAUAGGAGAAAUACCAAAGGAUUUAUUUUGUGAGCCAUUUUGUUUUGUCCCUGAACAGUCAGGUAAGAAACAUUAGUAUCUUUCUUCUUUAGUCUGAAGGUACAAUUUGUUGCACUGUUUAUGCAUAACAUGAACUCCCUCAAGGCAGUGAUUGUAGUCAAUCAAAAGCAUGUUUUGGACUUUUGGCUUCUUUCUUAUCACUGCUCUAAAGCACAUUUGACAAGUGUUAUUCACAACCCUGGUGGUUUACAGACAAAAGCUAGAUUUGUUGAAUAUAUUUUUUAUUUAAGUAAGAAAAAAAACAACACAAACUUAUGAAUGCACAUUUUAUGAUGUCAAUUGCACCUCUUUUUGAGGUCUCUAUGUGUUUUACUAUAUGGACGUGAUAGAAAUGACAGAUUUGUAUGUGUUGUAAGCGUGGACUUUCUUCACUUAAAGAGUAUUAGGAGCUGUACUGGUAACAGUAACAGCCAGAGCUAUGAAAAGCACCACAGAAUGUUACUUUUUUUUUUUUUGAAAAUGUAGCAGUCAAAGAGGAUAAGAUGUACUGAACAGCUUUGAGCCCUGCCAAACACAACUGCUGUGCCUUGGAAGAAUAAAAGAUUAG